ACACAUAGCUUCAUAGCUCAUACUAGUGAUCACAACUUCACAAGCUCCAAACAAGCCAUUCCUAUUUCUCAACAGGCUAGAUGGCAUCCCAAAUCAUUGAGACGAACCGUGCUGGUGCCGAGAUCAUCAAUGGCGAUGCCGCUGGCAAGAAGAAGUCCAUUGAGCUGCUCCAGGAGCUAGGCCUUCCCAAGGGCCUCUUCCCCUUGGACGACAUCGAGGAGUUCGGCUACAACCGUGCAAACGGUUUCAUGUGGAUUCUUCAUAGCAAGAAGAAGGAACAUACCUUCAAGAAGAUCAAGCAGACCGUCUCCUACGCCACCGAGGUGACGGCGUUCGUCGAAAAGGGGAAGCUGAAGAAGAUUGCUGGUGUCAAGACCAAGGAGCUGAUGCUUUGGCUCAGUGUGGUUGAGGUCUAUGUUGAGGAGUCAUCUGCUGAGAAGAUCACCUUCAAGACUGGCACUGGCCUCUCCGAUAGCUUCGAUGCGUCGGCCUUCGAGCUAGGAAUGUAGAAUAAACAUUAUCUAAACAAAAGGAAUGUAAACUGAAGAACUGAACAUCCGAGGGAAUUUAUCUUCAUUUUCUCUUUUAGUUUUCUUUUUACAUACAGUAUGUAACUGUAUUUCGCACGGAGAAUAUGUGAUAUUGGAUUUAUAAAUAAGUGUUGAUGUACA